AUGUUUCUGUCUUCGAGAACUAUUUUUGUGGGUUUGUGUUUUCUGUUCGUUUUGGCUCCAUGCUUUACUAGAGCAACAACCAAUGAAGUUCAAGUUAGCUGCGACUCUCACAACUUCAACAAUGGCAAACACUUCCGUUCAUGUGUUGACCUUCCUGUGUUAGAUUCGUUUCUACACUACAGUUACGUUCGAGAAACCGGAGUGCUUGAAGUUGCAUAUCGUCAUACCAACAUCGAGUCUUCUAGUUGGAUUGCUUGGGGCAUAAACCCGACGAGCAAAGGCAUGAUAGGUGCUCAAACACUUUUGGCUUACCGUAACUCCACGUCCGGUUUUAUGCGUGCAUAUACUUCCUCAAUAAAUGGCUACACACCUAUGCUUCAAGAAGGCCCUCUGAGCUUUCGUGUAACGCAACUAUCCGCUGAAUAUCUCAAUAGAGAGAUGACUAUAUUUGCCACUAUGGUGUGGCCGUCUAACACAACCGUUGUCAAUCAUUUAUGGCAAGACGGUCCGUUGAAGGAAGGUGAUAGGCUUGGGAUGCACGCCAUGAGUGGAAAUCAUCUCAAAUCCAUGGCUAAUUUGGAUUUGUUGUCCGGACAAGUCAUGACCACUAAAGCAGCUAAUGAUAACAUGUUACUAGUCAAAAGCAUUCAUGGACUAGUGAAUGCAGUGUGUUGGGGGAUUUUCAUACCCAUUGGUGUCAUGGCUGCAAGGUACAUGAGGACCUACAAAGGACUGGACCCCACUUGGUUCUACAUACUAAUCCUCUAA